UCGAGCAGGAAAUUUUAUUGCAGUGGACUCUAAACUAUGGGAGCUGCUACUCAAACUGGAUCUUACAGGCCUUCGGCUAGCCUAAUAUUGGCUGCCAAAGAUGAUACUUUAAAAGAGUAUGACUACAGGUUACUUUUGAUCAAACGAACUGAGGCUACUUCUUAUGCAUUGAAUCACUGCGUCUUCCCUGGCGGCGUUUUUGAUCCCAGAGAGGACGAAUCUCCUGAAUGGAUCACUUAUUUCAAAUCCUUUGGCGUGACCGAUGACCAAUUCAAAAAGCUCAGUCACAAUCAGGAUAAUCCCAGGCCUGAAUUUCUGUCCAGAGGAAAACACUUUUCAAGGGACAUCGCACUGCGGCUGACUGCGCUUAGGGAAACCUUCGAGGAGGUGGGCAUCCUGAUCUGCACAAAUCAGGACAGCUUGAAAAGUUGGGAUUCUAAGUCCGGACAUCCUCGGACUUUGCUCCUAGAGCCAAGCGAUCGUUCUGAGUGGCAGCAUAGAGUUCACAAUAAUGCCUCACAGUUUCUGGAGCUGUGCAGGCACCUCAAUGUCAUCCCCAACCUGUGGUCUCUGCAGGAAUGGUCAAUUUGGAGGACAGCAGCUACAGCCAAUCGAAAAUUUGACACGGUUUACUAUGUCACCACGCUGGAUGAGCAGGUCAAUGAGGUAAGUCUCCUACUGGAACCUCACGAAGUGGCCUCAGCCCAUUGGAUGAGUCCGGCGGAGGCCUGGACAAGCUCCCAGGAUGGCACCAUUUGGCUUCCUUUCAUGCUGCUUUAUGAUAUCGCACGUCUGAUGAACUUGCAUAGCUGGCAGGAGCUUCUUAAGUUUUCCCGCCAAAGAAGCAGCCGAGGAAGCACAAUGGUGCAGCCCGUUUACUAUCGCUGCGAUGACUGCAUGUUUGGAGUGCUUCCUGGAGAUGAACUGUAUCCUAAGGAGCCUCUCACUUGCACACAAUCUAUCAUCUUGCCUGGAUCGGUGAAUGAACUUCAUGGCAAGGCCCAGCAAUACAACCGAUAUAUAGUCUACGAUUUCCACCGGGUCGUUCUGGCAUCCAACGUCCCGCCCUGCGACGGUCAUCUGCCAUUGCAGUCGCUCGUUAACACCAAACUAGCCAAGUUGUAAUAAAAAGUAGUAGUUGUUAAAAAAAUAUAUUUCUGAUUGGCUACAACAAA